UACGUCGAGGCCGAGUCCUGAGAUACGUGCAAAGACUAAUAAUACGCAUGCUACGAGAUGAAUGAGAAAGUAGAUUCGCCAAAUCCUUUCCUUUGCACGACCACAAUGUCAGAGCAUAAUAAUGUCGCUAACGGCUGUGGCUGGCGGAUCCAGAAGCUUAGCUCGCCAAGGGUGAAGGACCAAAGCUUGACACUCCUUAUGAGCCUCGAAAUGGUUGGCGCUUGCUUAUCUUCCGCAACACUAUUGCUCCUCUUCGCAUGCACGAUCCCGGCUCUUAGCGAGUAGUGCUA